GUCCUUUAAUCCGUUCGUGCAAGCAUCCAAGUCCUUUCCCAGCCUGCUGGUUGUUUCGGAACUAUAAUGUUGGCACAGGUGCUUUGGCUGAGAUGCUCACCAGUUCCACCAUUACCCUCUGCUUCCCCAACCUUACCGAAGCUUUCAACCUCCUAUUUCUUAAAGCUUUAUUCAUCUCGUCCUGUUUUAAGGAGGAGCUUGAGCAAGGAAGAGCCGCUUAUUGAUGGGCUUCCCAAAGAGUAUUACGAUGAUGAAUGGCAAGCCCGACAAAGAGAGAAGACAAAGGAGUUACAUCGAAGGCGUCAAGAGGAAGAUGAAGAAGAGGAAAGAAAGGUAGAAGAAUAUCGUGAGAUUGGGAUGCGUCUGAAAGGAUUUCCCGAAGAAGAUGUCAGAAAAGCUAGAAAACUGGUUUCAAGCUUUAUUAGAGCUGUUGAAGAAGUUGAAGAGAAAAUUGAGGAAGCUGCUGAGAAAGGGGAACUAACAGAGCUUGUUCUAUUAGUCAUAUGGAAUCGACUUGAUUUAGCACGUCGUGAUGAUGAAAAGGAUGCAAUUAGAAGUCUUGAUCUGCUAUAUCGAAGGGUUGAGACUGAAAUUCUCAAACGAGAGGCUAGUCCUGCCAUGAGACUGCUCAACGAUCUUCUGAAUAUGUAUGACAACUUCAACGAUGAAGGAUGGCUAAAAGACUGCAGAAAACGCAUGAUUGAUACCUUCCCGCGGGAGGAUCCAUUUAGCAUUCUCGUUCCAGCUGGAUUCGACAUCGAUAAGCAUCAAGGGCAGUUACGGCCAUCACUUGAAGUUGAAGCUGAUAAUACACUGUUGAGAGUAGACUUCGUCAGAGAGGUUGAUGAAUUGCUACAAGAAGUCAGGGCGGAUCAGAGUGAAGUGCAAAAUGCAAAUGCAGAUGGUUUUGACGCGGAAUCGGUGGCAAGUAGGUUGAAACAUCAGGAGAAACAACGGUCGGUAAGGUUGGUAGAAACGCUGCUAGAGUUGGCUAUGAAUUUAGAGUGGUAGGGUAGGCAUAAGAAUGAAAUGGGCGUAGGAUUUUAGUGGAAAAGAGAAGAAUUUUAGGUUGCCCCAAUAUUCAAUUAUCCACGUCCACGUUUGGUUUUUAAGAAUGUUUCUAAUAAACCUAGUCGAACUUUAACCAUAUCGUUGUCUUGAAAUGAAUUGAUGUUGAAAUAGGAACACAAAAUUUAAAUUUAGUAUUGAAACAACCUGGUUCUGGUGUAGAUAUUAAUACAAGUAGCCCUGAUUUGUGA